AUGCCCCAACUGAAACCAAAAACAAACGCCGAGGAGAGGAAACGAGGCGAGAUCGCGCUCAGCGAGUUCGCCGAGUACGCUGAAAAGCAGCAAGCGCAUCGCUCUGCCGUGCCAGUCCCGCCCAGCGACAGCGGAUACGAGACCGGAAGCGUGUCGCGCGAUGUCGAGGACCAUGCGGAACUCGACAUCCUCGACCAGCUCGGCCUUUCGGAUGCACCCCGCACCGUCAAGCUGAAGGAGCUCCUCCUCGGAACGGGGGACUCGACAGCUGAAGAUAGUCUACAAGUACUUGCCUCAACGAUACAAACGCGAAUCGAUGAAGGUCAUGGAGAGACGAUAUUCGAUUUGGGUCUCGAAGAUGGUGGCGAUUCAAUGGGCUUUGACCUUGCGCAAUGGGAGACGGCGCUGCAGCGUCUACGGGAAGCUGCAGAGACGAUACCUGCACACUGCCGAAUACUGCUCACGUAUAAUGUCGGCGGUGCUCAGGAAUCGCCCGUGAAAAGUGACCGUAUCAAGGGUGCAUGGGGCAAGGUUCUGAUUCGCCAGGUUGCGACCAAUAUCGAGGAGGUGGGGGAACUGCGCAUUGCGGUCGUGGGCAAUGUCGACGCGGGUAAGAGUACCAUGCUUGGUGUGCUGGUAAAAGGCAGCCUAGACGAUGGACGUGGCCGAGCGCGAAUCAAUCUCUUCCGUCACAAGCACGAGAUUGAGAGCGGGCGAACCAGCUCCGUUGGUAUGGAGAUUAUGGGCUUCGACAGCCACGGCGACAUCGUGGGUCACACUGGAGGCCGGAAACUCUCUUGGGAGGAGAUUGGGAAGCGCUCUGCUAAAGUCAUCUCCUUCUCUGACCUUGCUGGCCACGAGCGUUACCUGCGCACCACCGUCUUCGGCAUGUUGAGCAGCAGCCCUAACUACUGUUUACUUAUGGUUGCUGCCAAUAACGGCUUGAUUGGCAUGAGCCGUGAGCACCUGGGAAUUGCCCUGGCGCUGAACGUUCCUGUCAUGGUGAUUGUCACCAAAAUUGACAUCUGUCCGCCUCAAAUCCUCCAGGAGACUCUGUCUCAAUUGGCAAAGAUCUUGAAGUCGCCUGGUGCGCGCAAGAUUCCCAUUUUUGUCAAGGAUAUGGAAGAAACCAUCAACACGGCGACCCAGUUCGUCAGCCAGCGGAUCUGCCCUAUCUUCCAAGUCUCUAAUGUUACCGGCGAGAAUUUGGAGCUUGUUCGAACAUUCCUGAAUAUUCUCCCCCACCGAGGCCACUACGACCAGGAAGCUCCAUUCGAGUUUCUGAUCAAUGAUACUUUCUCGGUGCCUCACGUAGGCACAGUUGUGUCGGGGGUGGUCAAGUCCGGUGUCAUUCACGCGGGCGACUCGGUAGUGGUCGGGCCGGACUCGCUUGGCCAGUUCACCACGACUACGAUCAAGACUAUCGAGCGCAAGCGAAUACAAGUCAACGCUUGCUUCGCGGGCCAGUCUGGCUCGUUCGCCCUAAAACGCGUUCGCCGCAAGGAAGUUCGCAAGGGCAUGGUAGUACUCAAGAAGAUGGACAAUCCUCCCAAAGUGUACCGCGAAUUCGUGGCUGAGGUUCUGAUCCUGUCUCACGCAACCACCAUCAAGCCCAAGUACCAGGCCAUGCUGCACGUUGGAGCGGUCAGCCAAACCUGUGCAGUGAUCGACAUCGAUCGCCCCUUCAUCAGAACUGGCGACCGCGCCCUCGUGGCGUUCCGCUUCAUCCAGCGGCCCGAGUUCCUUGCGCCUGGCGAUCGUGUCCUUUUCCGGGAGGGUAAGACUAAAGGUCUGGGCAUUGUGAAGAGCAUUGGCUAUGAUCCUGCACAUCCUCUGAAUCCCGACUUAGUAAAGAAAGAGGGUGAGGGUAGUUCGGAGAAAGGGAAAGAGGAAACGAAAGAGAAAGCUGAGGAAGCGACUUAA